AAAUCCCUCAAUACACGAUUGUCUCCCCUUUGCUGCUGAUAUAUAAACUGUGAGUGUAGGUAGAGUACAUCCAUCUUCCUUUUUUUAACAUGAAAACAGCAGAUGGGGCACACGGCUUUUUCUGAAGGUUGUAGUGUGUGCAGCAGUGAGGAUUGGCAGGGUUAUUGUGUGUAAAGCCAGUGGGGGCUUCAUCUUUGCUCAGAAAUAGUGGUUUGCUUCACAUUUCCAUUUUGAUUAGCAAUAAUGAUACAAAGGCAAAUUCUCUAUGCGAGGAAGAGCUGCUAAUAAAGUGACCUUUCAAAAUUAAGUAGCUCAUUGAAGUGCCAUACCACAAUAAGUGUAUACAAGGCUGGUCCCAGCUGCGGCAGGCAAGGAAACUGGAUGGGAAUCUAGAGAAACGUGGAACGGGAAGCCUGAAGUGGAUGAACAGCACAUGGUGGCACAGUAAUGGUGGCAAAGAGCAAUGGUGCUGUUCCCAGCUCUGGAGGGGGUGAUCUACAUGUUUUGCCUUUGAAAGCAUCUAAAAGAAUGCAAGGCAGGGGCAGAGAGUGUUUCUAGGAAGGUUUCUGGCCAUGGGGUUGUGCAGUUAAGGGACUCCGCUAUUGUCCUGACAGUGCUGUAACAUCCGAUGUGCUUGGAUGCUGUUGGGAAUGUGUUUGCAUGGCUUUACUCAUGGCAAACGCAGUGUAGCUUUGGAGCUAUUUUGUGGAUUCCUCUUGGAUACAGGUGGAGAACACUUCAUACCACGCUGCUCCGAAUUCAGAACCCUGGUUUCUAUGUAGGAAUUAUUUGCCGUUAAACUCCAGCUACGCAGCCUUUGGCAAGAGACAUGAAUCAAUUUGUCCAGCUUUUCUUUUCUGUUUUGUCUCUGUGUGAAGGCUGAUGCCCAGUGUGUGCCAAGGGGGCCUUUCAGACCCAAUAAUGCGCCCUUGUGUCUCGUAGCAUGCGUGGAAUUUGCAUAGGCUGUGCUGGGACAGGCAGGUUUCUUUUGUUGCUGGAAACAAGGAGCAAGUUCUUUUCCCUGUCUCUGCUUCCUAAUGCCUCUCCAAAAGCUCUCAGCACUCAUUGAUGCCAUCUGCAGUUUUGUCAUCUGCAAUGAUUCCUCCCUCCGCAGCCAGCCCAUCAUCUUCAACCCUGACUUCUUUGUGGAAAAGCUGCGCCAUGAAAAACCAGAGGUGUUCACAGAGCUUGUUGUCAGCAACAUUACCAGGCUCAUUGACUUGCCUGGGGCAGAGCUCGCCCAGCUAAUGGGAGAGGAAGACCCAAAGCUGCCUGGGGCAAACAGCACAGCCUCUGGAUUUUUUCGUUCUCUGAUGUCUCUGAAGCGAAAGGAGAAAGGGGUGGUGUUUGGCUCACCGCUGACAGAAGAAGGCAUUGCACAGGUUUCCCAACUAAUUGAGUAUCUGCACAAAAAUCUGAGAGCAGAAGGCUUGUUUCGGGUGCCAGGCAACAGCAUCAGGCAACAGAUCCUAAAGGAUGCUCUGAACAGCGGUACAGAUAUUGACCUGGAUUCUGGGGAGUUUCAUUCCAAUGAUGUCGCCACCCUGCUCAAGAUGUUCCUGGGUGAAUUGCCAGAGCCACUGCUCACACACAAGCACUUCCAUGCCCACCUCAAAAUUGCAGACCUGACGCUGUUUGAUGAGAAGGGCAAUAAGACCAGCACUCCAGACAAAGAGCGCCAAAUUGAAGCCCUCCAGCUGCUGUUUCUGAUCCUUCCUGCGCCCAACCGCAGUCUGCUCAAACUGCUGCUGGACUUGCUCUACCAGACCGCCAAGAAGCAGGACAAGAACAAGAUGUCUGCCCACAAUCUUGCCCUCAUGUUUGCACCCCACAUCCUUUGGCCCAGAAAUGUGACAGCAAAUGACCUUCAGGAGAAUAUCACCAAGCUAAAUAAUGGAGUGACCUUCAUGAUCAAACACUCUCAGAAGCUCUUCAAGGCCCCAGCGUACAUCAGGGAGUGUGCCAGGCUGCACUAUCUGGGUUCCAGAGCCCACACAUCAAAGGAUGACCUGGAUUUGCUGACAUCUCCUGGCUCCAAGGAGCUGCAGCCCCUCAAGUCUCAGAAGCGAAGCCGGCUGGACACUUGCCAUCAGGAGGAGACCCAGCAGCGCACAGAGGAGGCACUGAAGGAGCUCUUUCGUCAUGUCAACAGUAUGCCUGACUCUGCAAAGAAGAAGAAGCUUAUUCGGCAGUUUAAUAAGCACCCUACAGCUCUGACUCCUGGCUCUGAGGUACCUACAUCCCCAGCACCACGACGCACCCGCUCGCGCUCCUUCAGUGGCCUCAUUAAGCGAAAAGUUUUGGGAACCCCGGUUAUCCUGGAGAGGAAGAGCAGGGAUACCACACCAGAGCCUGAGCGAGUCAGCAAAGAGAAUGUGCAUCUGUUACAGAAAUGUGGAUCUCCUGCUCACAUGUCCCAAGCAAAGCUGAAAACCUUGGAGGGCAGAAGAGAGGAAUCCUGCAGACGCAUGCGAACCCGCCUGCUUUCCAAGGAUUCAUCAUCCCUCUGACUCUCCUCACACCAAGGCAUGGGUGGGGAAUGCCCAGCCUCACAAGCUGUGAAUCACGUGCUGCACGGAGAGGGGAGUGCUGCAGGCUCAUGGCGACCUUCCCCAGCAUGGCAGCGCUCUUGAAACUGGACCCUUUGCAAAGACUGCAGGGACUUGUUUCUUUGUGUAUAUAAGUUGUAUUUCAUCCUA